AUGGCUUUGCACGGUGUAUUGCCAAAGUUUGAACAAAACGAAGACUGGGGAUUAUAUUCAGAACAGUUGCAACAAUAUUUUGUCGCUAAUGACGUGAGUUUGGCAGAGAAGAAAGUGGCUAUUUUAUUAACGGUCAUUAGUACGGCAGUUUAUAAGACAUUGAGAGAUUUAUGUCAUCCUACGAGCCCGCAGGAAAAGACGUUUGAGGUUCUUAACGCAUUAUUAAAGGACCAUUUCCAGCAUCGACAGGCUGUUUUUCGAGAGCGAAUUAAAUUUUAUAGAGCUACUCAAGCGAGUGGAGAAAAAAUCGCUGACUGGUAUGCUCGUGUCAAAAGUUUAUCAGUUUCCUGCAAAUUUGGAAAUAGCUUACAAGAAAUUUUGAAGGACAAAUUCGUCACCGGUCUCUCAGAUUCCAAAAUUUUAAGCCGAGUAUGUGAGGAGGAUGAGUCCAAGAGUUUGAAGGAUUUAUUUGAUAUUGCCAUUAGAAGGGAAGCAGUCAUUAUUGGCGAGACUCAGGAGGUCAAUCGGUUAAAACUUCACGCAAAGAAGCCAGAGUUGAGUCAUCGAAAGGAGUCCACCGACGCUUCUACGUCGUCGAAGACUAUGCAAAGAAAGUUUUCAAAGGACAGUAAGAAAUGUUACGCAUGCGGGGGCACUGCCCAUGAUUUUAAGACUUGUAAGUAUAAGCAAUACAAAUGUAAAAAUUGUAAGAAGGUAGGGCACUUAGCCAAAGUUUGUACCAAAGAGCAUUCGCAAAAUUUUGUAGUGGAUAUAAGUAGUACAAAUUAUGAAUAUUACGAUAAUGGCUAUCAGGGAGUUAGUCCAGCGUCAGCGCGUAAUAGCGAUCUAGACUUAUUUGAGUUAAGAGAUAGUAACUCGGGUCCUAUGACUAUUAGUUUGAAAGUUGAAGGUCAACGGGUCAUAUGGGAACUAGACAGCGGCGCGUCUAGAACGGUUAUUCCGUUUUGGCUUUAUAACAAGAAUUUUAAGUACAAGAAGUUGUAUAAAACCGAAAUUGUACUGAAAAGUUAUUCCGGGGAAAGUAUGGUACCAGUAGGUAAAUUCCAAGUUUCGGUGCAAUACGGCAGCGUAAAAAAAAUACUUGACAUAUUAGUUAUUAAUACGAACGGUCCAGCUUUAGUAGGUAGGGAUUGGAUAGCUAGCCUCGAUCUAAUUAAAAUACGACGUGAACCUGUAUUUAAAGUAGAUAAAGAACUGGAAGUGUGUGAGGAAUUUCCAGAAGUAUUCGAGCCAGGGUUAGGAUGUUACAGAUAUGGCAAGAUAAAGAUAGAGUUAAAACAGGAAGCGAAACCAAUCUUCUGUAAACCUAGGACGUUACCCUUGAUCUUUAAAGAGAAAGUAGAAGAAGAACUACUUCGAUUAGAAAAAGAGGGAAUUAUAGCACCCGUAACAGAUUCGGAAUGGGGUACGCCUCUUGUACCUGUAUUAAAGAAAAACGGGCAAAUCAGAAUCUGUGCAGACUAUAAGUCGACGGUAAAUACGUUCUUGAAAGAUGUAAAAUAUCCGUUACCGCGGAUUGAAGAACUUUUUGCAGCACUUAGAGGCGGAAAAGAAUUCACUAAACUUGAUCUUUCCCAAGCUUACAACCAGUUGGUUUUAGAUGAGCAAUCUAAGUUAAUUUUAGCAUGGAGCACCCAUAAGGGUAUAUUCAAAGUUAAUAGAAUGCCCUUCGGAAUUAAGCCUGCUGCUUCCAUUUUUCAACAAAAAGUGGAAAAGACAUUACAAGGUUGCAAGGGAGCUAUGAAUUUUAUAGAUGAUAUAAUUGUAACAGGCAGCACUAGGGAAGAACAUAUCGAAAAUUUAAGAGAGGUGCUCGGUCGGUUGUUGAGAGCAGGACUCAAAGUUAAUAAAGAGAAGUGCGAAUUUUUUAGUUCCGAAGUUAAGUAUUUAGGGCAUAUAAUCAACGCUGAAGGUUUAAAGAAAGAUCCCGGUAAAGUACAAGCUAUAUUAGAAGCACCUGUGCCUACUAACAAGAAGCAAGUUAGAGCGUUCGCAGGAUUAGCAAAUUAUUAUAUUCGUUUUGCUCCUAAUUUAUCUUCUAUUUUGCGUCCUAUUUAUGAUUUGUUAAAGGACGACAAUGAAUUUAGAUGGACUACAAGAUGUAACGAAGCAUUUAAUUUAGCAAAGAAAGUUUUAGCGUCGGAGCAGGUAUUGACGCAUUUUUCACCUAAAAUACCAAUUAAAUUGUCGUGUGAUGCUUCUGAAAACGGCAUAGGAGCAGUUUUAUCGCAUAUUUUUCCGGAUGGUAGCGAACGUCCGAUAGCUUUCGCAUCGAGAGUACUUGCAGAUUGUGAAAAGAAUUACUCUACGACCGAUAGAGAAGCGUUAGCAAUUUUCUUCGGAAUGAAGAAAUUUGAAAGUUAUUUAAUGGGAUUACAUUUCACGUUAGAAACAGAUCAUAAGCCUUUACUAUCCAUUUUUGGAGAAAAGAAAGGUUUGCCAGUAUUUGCGGCUGGUAGAUUGCAGCGUUGGGCGGUUUAUUUGUCAAAUUUCGAUUACGCCGUCAAAUAUGUUAAAGGUGAAGAGAACGGAAGGCCCGAUUGUUUAUCUAGAUUACCAGUGGGGGAAAAGUAUAACUUUAGCGAUUCUGGUAAUUACUUAAAGUUUAUUUAUGAGCAAGCAGCUUUGGCUGUGGAUGCAGGCAGAAUAAAAAUUGAAACUAGGCGUGACCCAAUUUUAAGUAGAGUUUUCGAUCGUAUUAGCAAAGGAUGGGGAAAUAAACUGACAGCUAAAGACGAACAUUUGAAACCGUAUCAUUUGAGAAAAGACGAACUAACAUCAGAAGAUGGAGUCGUGAUGUGGGGUUAUCGCGUAAUAGUACCCACCAAAUUAAGAGUGCGCAUUUUAGAAGAACUUCACAGUACCCAUUUAGGUAUUGUUAAGAUGAAAAGUUUAGCCAGAUCAGUUUGUUGGUGGCCAGGUUUGGAUGGCGACAUAGAAAAAUUUGUUAAAGGUUGCAGAGCAUGCAAUUUAGCGGCGCCUGAUCCCAAAAAGUCGAUGUUAAGCCUGUGGCCACAAGCGAGAGAAAACUUCGAGAGAGUGCACAUUGAUCUCUUUGGUCCUAUUCGAGGACAAAAUUUUCUUAUUCUCAUUGAUGCAUUUAGUAAGUGGAUAGAAGUAUUUAUGUUGACUUCUAUUGAUAGUAAGCACGUUUUAGAUAAGUUAAGAGAAGUUUUCGCUCGUUUCGGUAUUCCGAAAGUUAUUGUAAGCGAUAAUGGUAGACAAUUUGUAUCGUUUGAUUUCGAAAAUUUUUGUAAGCGUAAUGGUAUUGUACAUAAGACAUCAGCACCGUAUCAUCCCGAGACUAAUGGUGCAGCUGAAAAUGCCGUUGGUAUUGUUAAGCGAGGAUUAACUAAAAUGUUAAACGAUGCGAGGAAUGAUAAGGAUGUCAAUACGCUAUUAAGUAGAUAUUUAUUAAGCUAUAGGAAUGCAAUACAUUCCAGUACUGGCGAAUCACCAGCAACAUUGAUGUUGAGUAGACGUGUGCGUACUAGAUUAGACAUGUUAAGACCCAAUGAUCAGACCGGUAGAGCUAGGGAUAACAUUGCCAAGUACCAUAGAGGUAAAGAAACGCGUCAUUUUAGUGUAGGAGAUAAAGUUUAUGCGCGCGAUUACCGGCGAGUUAACAAGAAAGACUGGGUAGAGGCUGUAAUCGUAGGCAUUGAAGGCAACAAAGUCUAUUUAUGUAAAGUUGAUGCUAGGAUGGUUUGGAGAAGGCACCUUGAUCAGAUCAAGCCACGCCAGGCGGAGCGCACGGACAAAUCUAAAGUAUUUUUGCCAAGAGAAUCAGCUGUAGAUAGUCCAUUGGCUUCAGUAGCGGUGAACAGUCGUGAGGUUAUGGACAACAGCGAAAGGAGCGUUCACGAGGAGGUGGAGAAGGGAUCGAAUAAUGAGGAAAAGUCUUCACCAUCGCAUGAUAAGAUAUCGAAGGAGGGAGGAGAGAAAAGUAUUCCGCAACCAGAAGUAGUUUCCAAAGAAGCAACCACGGAUAUUAUUUUGCCGGAUUCACCUGUUUCGGGUAGCUGUAAAAGGGGACGACCCAAAGGAAAUACUAAAGACAAGGAAGAACCUAACGCUGAAAAAAGAGUUAGACCACGUAGGAAUACCAAACCUCCAGAACGAUAUGGUUUCCCACUUAGUGCGGAGGGGUGUGAGAUAUCGGCGCCAUCUAGGCCCAAUGAGUUUGUGGCAGAAUCUUCGAGAAAGAGUUAG